AUGGCGGCUAAUUUCGACGCCCAGAAGCAGGAGAGCUGGUAUUUCGGCCCCAUGAGGCGAGACCAGGCCGUGUCGCUGCUGCUAGGCCAGAAGCACGGCACUUUCCUGGUGAGGGACAGCCGCACCAUCCCGGGAGACUACGUGCUGAGCGUCAGCGAGAACUCGAAGGUGUCACAUUAUAUCAUCAACAGCCGGCAGCAGCAAGGCCCAGGCCCCGGGCCCGGCCGCUACCGGAUCGGCGACCAGGAAUUCGAGCACCUACAAGGACUGCUGGAGUUCUACAAGAUCCAUUACCUGGACACCACCACCCUGCUGGAGCCCGUCCACAUGCCCACGCCGUACAUCGCUCCCAACCUGGGCCAUCGCAUCCCGCUGGAGGAGGCCGAGUUCGUCCGCGCCCUCUUCGACUUCCCGGGCAACGACGAGGAGGACCUGCCGUUUCGCAAGGGCGACGUGCUCCGCAUCCUGGACAAGCCCGAGGACCAGUGGUGGAACGCUCAGAACGGCGAAGGCCGCUGCGGCAUGAUCCCCGUGCCUUACGUGGAGAAAUGCCGGCCCAGCUCGCUGCUCGGCCCGGCUAACAGCCCGGAGAGCGGGCAGGCGGCGGCCCAGCAGCAACCGGGGGCCGGGGGAACCGGGCAGCCGGAGUUCGGGCCCUACGCCCAGCCCAGUGUCAGCGCCUCGCUGCCCAACCUACAGAACGGGCCGGUCUAUGCCCGCGCCUUCCAGAAACGGGUCCCCAACGCCUACGACAAGACAGCCCUGGCUCUAGAGGUUGGUGAUCUAGUGAAGGUAACCAAGAUCAAUGUGAAUGGCCAGUGGGAAGGAGAGUGCAAUGGUAAACACGGUCACUUUCCUUUCACCCAUGUUCGACUUCUGGAUCAACAGAACCCUGAGGAGGACCUAAGCUGAUAACCAUUAGAGAGACACUAAUGUGGGCAACUGACAUGUCUACACUGGAGAUGGACCUUCAACUGUACGGUGCACAUAAACAACUCUGACGCCAGGUUUUUUUUAAGAGAACUCUAAGCACAGAACUAUUGCUUUACAGUUUCACCGUGAGGCCAAGUUUAACCUCAAAUAAAUGAAAUACUACUUGCUCCAAUUGCAGCCUGCUCCCAGAACCUUGAGCUUUGCCAAAAAUAAAAAGCCAAGUCUUUAAAAGAAAAUGCAAACAUAGAUUGUGUUCUAAGUGCUGUUUUGUCUGGGUUAGCUGCAAAAUGAAACACUAAGUAGCUAACACUAAAUGAGGAGAGGGUCAGCAGAUUUCAGCCAUGAGCUUGCUCCUACUAAUAAUGUAGAGACAUUUCACAAAGGUGGCCAAGAACAUAAAUUUCAGGUUAGUGUUUUAGAUUCUUGGUGGACCCAUGCCUCAUGUCAGGUGUUUCGGUACACUUGGACAUUGCAGGACGGUUUCUGAAAAAUAUUAAUGUAAGUGCUCUACAGGUGUAUUACUCGGUCUGUUCCUGCCCUUAGACUGCUAGUUGGGGUCCAAGAUGCCUUGUGUUCCCAUCCUUACCUUGAAUAAAGUUGCAUUACUCUUCUGAAGCAAGUACAAGUUUCACAGCAUGUGAAAAACUGACAAGAUUAUACAGGAAGAUGUAAAGAAAAGCUAAAUACUUGGAAGCAUUCUUCUGAACUGACCUUGGUGUUUUAAUGUCUUAUUGAUGUUUGCUUCAACAUAACAGCUUAGUUAAGUAUCAUUUAGCAGUUGUACUCUAACUUCCUUACAAAGUCCAGUGCUCAAAUUAUUUUCUUUUUUUUGCCUUAUUCCAACUCUUCUGAUUUCAAAUUGUAAUGAAAUUCUUUUUUUUUAGUUUUGUGACUUAGUCAACCAGGACAUGGAUAGAUUUAUUGUUCCAGGUUUGCUUAGUGACCGCUUUUCCUUGGUCCCACUGGCUGUGAACGUUUCAGUAGUUUGCAGAAUGCACCACGAAGAUACAGCAUUUGAGAUGGAUCAGGGUUGGAAUUACUCCUGGAGAAUUCUUUAUAGCUUGUUGUCGAAUCUUAGAAAGGUUUGGAGUAUUGAUUAAGAGGGUGGGAGAGACCAUUUCCUUCAGUAACAUCUAAUGGGCACCAAAGUUGAACAUUUAGUUUUAUGUCAUUUCAAUUAUCGCCAUUUGGUCAUUUGAAACCUAUCCAAUUGGUAACCUUGCGGCAACUGGAUUUUCCACCACCCCAGUCCCUGCCAUGCUAGUCUUCAGGAUGGUGUUUUAUUCCAUGUUUACAGCUGUUGUUCACCUUUGUCUUUAUCAUCCGUAAUCAGUGCCAUGAGCUACAUUUUAAUCUGGGCUGCCUGUGUGCAGAAUGCUAUCAUGAGAGUCAGAUUGGAAAAUGGAAAUUGAACACGUGAUUUGCUUGUAUCUCACGUCGGCCAUUAGUUUUCAGCUGACAUCCCAUUACUCAGGCUCACAAGUAUUGAAAGACCUCCACUUUCCCAUUCCAAAAGCCACACAAAUGUGUGGCAAGUAAUUUUCAAAGCAUCAAAAAAAAUUACAGAACUAUAGAAGGGAUAGCACUGAUUUCUGCUGACAGUAAUGAAUUUCGUAAUCACAGUAAUAGGCAGAGUGUAGACUGUACACCACUAACCUAUGCUUGGAACACCCAAAACAAAAUGCCUACUGUUAGAUGUGAUUCUGUGAUUGGGCAGCACUUGCUGAACAAGCCUGAGUAUGCUAAUAGCUACACUAACAACCAAUUUAAGAUAAUCAGUCAAGCUUGUAGCGUAGUUCAUUUACACUUUCUAGAAGUGACAUACAUUCAUGCACAGGUUCCUGAUCUCUGCAAACAAAAGGAAUAUGUUCAAGCCUUGCACUUUUUUUUUUGAACUACCUGGGAGCUUGGAGAUUCUAUAGUUCCCUGCUGUUUUCUCCAUGGCACAACUCUGCCAACCAGAAUCCACUUGCCAACCAAUCAGCAUCUUUUUUCCUGUGGUAUAAAUUGGUGUGAUUGUUUGAAAUUUGGCAUUCUUGAGUUUGUCCUAAUGUGUGCAAGGUAUAAAGCUUCAGCAGCAAGAUUCACAGUCUGUACUACCAAGCGAAAAACAUAGUAUUGCCUGGAAAAUGUAUUUGAAGAAUUUGGAUUUUGGUCUGCAAAUGUGGUUUGGUAUGACAGACUGACGUAGAUUUGGGUGGAGAGGUGACAUUGCCCAUCUUCACGUUCUUUUUCCUCGUGUGCUCACACUGGAAUAUAAAGGGGAUCUGAAUGUCAACUUUUCUGAGGUGCUUAAGGCAACGCUGAAGAGAACUUUCAUGAGUUACUUGCAGCUUGACAAGUGCAAUGACUUCCCAACUUUCCUAAAUUAACUUCUUUUAUGCAUUUUUUUAAAAUCAGUCAGUCAACAGUGGAACAAUAGGAGUGGAAUGCACCUGUUGGAAAAGUUGUUCAUUAGGUUAGGGAACAGCUGCAAUAUGUCAACAAAGAUCAAAUUCUCUGGUAAACCAAGUUGAGGUGGUGGCUGAAACCUUAAAGUAUUGGAGGUAAAGGGCUAGAUACCAGUUGUUGGCUUGUUGCCACAUUUGUCCCUUUUAUCCUUUUGGCUAGGAGGUAGUGAUUCUUUCCAUGGAAGUAUUGAUGAAUGUGGGCUUUGCUUCCUGUUGGUCACUCACCUCAUCCUAGCUGCAACAAAACACAUCCUGGGGCUGUUGUGCAUCUGUGCCAAUCAGUAUUUCAAUAAUGUAUUAAAUCAUCAUGGUCCUUCAAUGGUAGUCUCACAAUCAUGUUUUACUGAUUAAACUUUCACCCUAAAUCAAUACGCUGUCAACAGUAGUGCAAAUAGUAUUGAGUUUGAUGCUUUAAUGAAGAUAUUGAAGCUUCCAUUCUUGUGGGAGAUGAGGGGGGGAUGGUUAAUAAUUUUAGCUAAGCUUCUGAGUUUGGUGCAUCUUUUCUGCUUCGCUCCAUUGCACACACUGAUGUUGUUUCAAUACCACUCAGCAAUAAUUUUUGUGACAUUUGAAGUUCUUUUCUCAAAUCUUUGGGUGUUAUUCUCUAUUGCAGUCCACUUACAGCAUCCCUCUGUGCUACUUUUAUGUUCACUAAAACCGGCUUAUGUGCUGAACUGCCCUUUGUUGGCCAGGAUCCUGGACAACAUACAGUAACUCGGCAUGGACCAGCGUUGCAAUCUGCUCAAAUCACUGGAUGAAGUUGCUGAACCGUUAGCAGAGCUGCAAUAAUUAACUUCAAAAAAUAGCACUAAAUUUCAGCCCCUUUGGUUUUUUUUGUCAUUCUGUUGGGCAAAGGGGCAGGGAACACAUCUGGAUUUCGGCCCAUGCCUGGUGUAUCUCUUGUGACAGGUAAUUUUGUCCUGCAGAUUUUUAAAUAUAUUGUACUGUAAAGCCUGAGUAAGAAUUCAUAAACCCUCUGCCUGACACCCACCUUUUGCUAUUUACUAGUCAAAUCCAGCCUAUUUUAAAAAAAUAUAUAUUCAUUUGUGGAAUGUGGGCGUUACUGGCUAGACCAGCAUUUAUUGCCCUUGCCCCUGCUUUGAAUGGGUGUUCUUGCGGACCCAGGAGAAAUAGGAUCCAAAAUGAUGCAGAGAUUAUUGAAGGUCAGUAGUUUGUGUACUGGACUACUGACGCUAGCUGCUAUCACCCUAAAUAGUGCCUUUUAAAUGUCUAGGUAAUGAGUCCGAUUAAUCAAAUUCUGUUAAUAUCAUAGUCACUGUCUCUUGCGUUAAACCAACCGCUGGUCCAAUAACCCUCUGUGGGCUGAUUUUUCUCCAAGCUGUUUCUGCUCAGGAUUGCUAGAACAGCCUUCUAGAUUUAGGCUUAAAGGUGAGCAAUGGUGAACUGCACUGUGACAGCAGCUCUGUCAGAAGCAGCAACUAAUCACUACAUAGCAUCUAGUUGUGCUAUAGCAACUAAAAUAUUUCAACACACUUUCACUUCUUUUAAUGGGAGUCUUUACCACAUACCUUAAUGGAAUUGGACUACAGUUCUUUAAUUAUAAGGAUUGUUUUUUUUCCUGCAGGAUUUUCUACUUACUUUUGACUUGGCCAUGGAUUGUGUCCAACAGAAUCUGAAGCUGUCCUCAGUCCAAUGGGCUGUGAUAGGGUCCUAAUGAUUAAAAUCUCUCCCCUGAUGAAGAGCAUUAAUUCGCCACGUCUUUGGUUCAUUCAUCACGUGAUUGGACAGCACUGCUCCAGACCACACUCACCUCCAUUUUAUUGCUACUUACAUUGAUGUGGGAAGGGGGAACUGAGAGUAUUACUUGAUAUUUUUCUACACUGCACUAUGUUUGCAACCUAUCCACCCAAUAACCCAUCUUCUUUCUCAGUUUAUCAUGGCUCUUAUUUGGUAUUUAAGAAAAGCUUCACUUUUGUGCCAAUCUAGUAUUCAAAAGUUGUGAAUUAUGGGAUCUGAAAGCUUGGACUUGUUCUAUCUGAUGGCCUCAUCACUGCAAACACUAAACACAGCGACUGAGCUGUUGAGCUCACCCACUCUGAAUGUUUAUUUUUUGAUAACUUUUUUCAGCCACUACAUGUGAUUUGCACAGCUAAUUGAACUCGAACACUUUUUAUUUAGAGAGAAACACUUUUGUAGACAUUGGUUAUUUUCUAGCAGUGAAUUUAAAAAAAAAAUUAAAUCAUUUGUUUCUGAUGUUAGCAGUAAUCAGUGCCAUUGUAGGCGCAGCAUUAACUGCUCCUCUGUCAUCAGGCAGUGUGUGACUGGCAACAAAGAGCGCAUGGGAAACCGCUGGUAAAUCAAUCAGUCACUGAAUAUUCAACUACAAACCCCUUCCACCCAGUUACAAAAAACUUCAAUUAUCUGACUUUGCAGUAUUGAUGUCUGAGCGCAGUUUGUUUUUUUUGUUGAUGCUGGAUGUUUCAAUGCACUUGAGUGAAUCAUUCAACAUCAGUAAUCAUUCCUGCACAAGCCUGAUCUACCUAGGUCUAUAUAACAUGAGCAAUGACAGUAUCAGAACACUUGUGCUGCAAGGUGGCAAUGUAAAAGUGCAGCAAAGUGAGUGUCUGAUGGGCCAGGGAUGACUAGAAAUUACGUACUAGAAAGGUGAUUUUCCUCCCAUUUACUGUAAUAAUUACUGGCAAUUUUUCUCAACGCUGGAAUUACAAAGGUCGAAUGGCAUCUGAGAGGAAAAGAUCAGUUAAUGUUUUGGUGAGACUGUCAGUUGAUUGGAGGGGAUGGGUCUCGCCUGCCUCUCGGGUGUUCUUGACUGUAUGGUGCUGUGUUGGGGUAAUGCUCUUGUACCGUGAUUUUCCUCUCCAGCAUAUAUGGUAACGGUCAUCCUGGUGUCUGCAAGACAAAUCAGACUUGGUAUCACAAUUUCUGAUAACCUGAAGCUUUCCUCUGGUCACUCGCACAGAGACCCACUUUGCAAAGCACUGUCACCCUAACUGCUGAGACUUGAACUUAAAGUAAUUGUCUAUUAUACAUAGAAAUAACAACAAAAACGUGCUGCCCACCCCAACUAGUCCAUUCUGACAUUCACUGUUCAACCUAAAAGAUCAAUGUGUCCUGGUGGGGCCACUUACCUUACUGGGAAAUGGUGUGUGGCUGCCAGCCGAAAAGAUGACCCACCCACCUACACUGCAGAUUAUGAAAUAAACUGCAUUUCUGUUGAUGCUCAGUGGAUGAAUGCAUUAUCUGUUGUGGUAUUGAGCCAUACAUACCAGAAAGACACUAACUUCUAAUCCUGGUCUGUGAAAUAUUAGCUGAACUCAGUGUGGAGGGGGAGCUGGGGAGGAAGAAGCACUAAUUGACUGACCAAAAUGGGGAGGGAAUUUACCAGAGUUACCAUUCCUUCCUGCUUACUGUCCAGUGAUCACUUUGAGGAAGUGUGUGAAUGUUAAGUGAGGUCAGGAUGAUCCCCUACACUGCCAUGCCACCCCCUAUAUCGAAGAGCUUGUUGCCACAGACUGCCAGAGCUCCCACCUCAUUAGGCACGGUUGCAGGAUUGCAUGUUGGCUGGGGGCUGUGUAGCUGUUAUCCGACUGAGGGUUCUGCAUUUUCAGGACAGUGGGGAUAUGGAGCAAAUUCCUGCAGCAGCAGAGAGUGGCUGAAUUUCUCUGCAUUGCAGCAAUAUGUGGCUUCAGGUCAGUUGGCAAAGAUGCGUGGGGAACUUCAUACGUCUAAGAUCCUGAUGUUAACUGAGAAUUGCUGAGGCUGUCUAGCCUGUGAACUGUUUGAUUUGAAUAAAGUUUUGAGCCUCAAGAUUGGAACAGAAUUAAAUUCUUCGUGCUCAUUUAUAAUAAUACAGCAGAAACUCCUCCAUAAAUUGCAGGACCCCUAGACCGUAAGUAUAACAGUCAAUCAGUUCAUCUUGUCACUUCAAAGUGACAAACAACUGUUAACCCCGCACCAUGAAAUCUUUCAAUUUUUCGAGGGACGGAGGACCGGGGAAAGGAUUUGAGCUAUAUGUUUGGCCUCUGUGUAUAGAUCAUAUACCAGUUAUAAGGGAUAUGUAAAUAUAAAAAUAUUAACCUGAUAUUUUGCCUGCACAGCAAGAUAGCAGUGUCCUUUCUAUUUGAAGCUUAUCUGCAUGGAUGUGACCCAUUAGUUUAAGGACCUAAGGGUGCAGGUAACUUUGUUUUUGUUUGUUGGAGUACUGGGGUGUACAUACAAGGGAAGUGGAGAUUCCCAAGUUUCCCAUCUCUUCUCACCCCUGGCUUGUGUGCUGCGUUAGCUCACUUCAACCAGGACAGCAAUGGGACUGAGGACCCCACAGUUGGGCCCGGUACUAUUGGUUUAAGUUUGGGCAAAAUCAGCCAGGUUUUCUGCUCCUGAACAGGAUUGUCACCUUGCUGUGGGCUGGAUGUCAGCUCAAGUGGGUAUUGAGUUUCAAGGUGAUACCACCACCCUGCCAACGCUCAUUUGGGAAAAGCACAGCAAGUUGCCAGUGUAUGUGUGCUUGUACCCAAAUCUGCUGUCUGUUCUGCAAGGAAAGGAUCGGAACCAGAGAAGUGUAUAGAGGUAGUGAGUUAUAUUGGGAAUAUUUUUUUCCAGCUUCUGGUGGGCUGGAGUAAUGUGGAAAUGGAUAAUGCAGGGUGUGGAUUGGUUUGAGUCAGGCACCACAUGAACCAAUCAAGACUUAGUGGUAAUUUGACUUUUUUAUUGUGUCUGCCUGAUGCACCUCCCUGGCCCCGCCCCCACCCCCACCCCACCCCCAAAACCCCCACCCUGGCCUGUUGUGGACUGAUUUAAGGGAACAGUCCAGGCAUUAAAAAGUAGAUAUAAUUUUCUCUCCAGUUCUAUUCAGGGCUGGCCCCAUAUUUUGGGGUUCUGUUUGGUGCCAUCCAAAUGUGACCCAAAGUGAGUGGCUGCAGAAUGCUGGAAGGAAAGCAAGCAACACAUUUCUAUCUUGUGAUUAAUGUGUUUUUUGUUCAAAGCCAGAGAUUGAAAGUGAGGAACUCUGGAUAUUUUCUGGGGAGAGGGUUUGAUUUCUGACUGGUUUUAAAUACUGUUCUCCCUCAGUAAAUGUCAAUCAAUGUUUUAAAAUGCUGUUAUUUUUGUAAUUGUACUGUACCCUUGUUAAUCUGUUAGGAGGGGUAAUUCUGGGUUAUUACUGUGGAGAUCUUAUGCAUUGUGUUAAUAUGAAGAGAUGUCAUCUGCAACACUAUACCCUCCAUGACAAUUAAAAUCCAGCUUUAUUUUCUGUAGCAUGUACUGUAAUGUAUGUUUAUUAUACCUAGCAAAUAAAAUCACUUGAGAAAUGA